AAUCGGCUGGCAGUCGGCUCAGCUCCUAAUUACUCCACUUGCUUUUCGACCACCAUGUCAGCAGAUGCACAAACAUUGAAGCCCGUCGACCUGCGAUCCAUCUUGACUUUCACAGUCCAGCUUGCGCGCACUGCUGGUACAUUAAUUCUUGAAGGCUCACAAGCCAUUCAGUCAACUUCGGACGUCAAUGAAAAGAAGAAUUCCGUCGAUUUGGUCACUGAAUACGAUGUUGCUGUCGAGGAGCUCGUGAAGAGCGAAAUCGCCAAGGCAUACCCCAACUUCAAGUUCAUCGGAGAGGAAUCAUACUCCUCUGGAACUCGUAAUGAGCUCACGGAUGAACCAACAUACUGCGUUGAUCCGAUCGACGGGACCACGAACUUUAUCCACGGCUUCCCAUUCGCGUGUAUUUCUCUUGGGCUGAUCUAUCAGAAGCGGCCCGUUCUAGGUGUCAUAUACAACCCCUUCCUGGACCAUCUCUACACUGCGAUCGAAGGUCAAGGAUCAUUCCUCACCCGUGGUAAUAGCCAACCGCUGAAAUUACCCCUCACCAAGCCUAAGCCCCUUCCAUCCUUGCAGAAGGCUCUUUUGGCCGUCGAAUGGGGCUCCGACCGUGGCAAAAAGACGCUGGUACCAAAAUCCGACUCAUUUUUGCGUCUCGCGGGCGAUCCCGCGGAUGGUAUCGCAGGGGGACGAAUGGCCCAUUCUAUACGGUCCCUGGGCAGUGCAGCGCUUAAUUUCUCGAUGGUCGCUCAGGGUGGCCUAGACUUAUAUUGGGAAAUUGGUUGCUGGCCAUGGGACGUUUGCGCUGGUAUCGUUAUUGCCCAGGAAGCUGGCGGUGUAGUAGUUGGAUCUCAUGCAGCUUUGGCCACUGCGACAUCUGCUGGGUCUAGCAUCGAUCCUUUCAGGAUCACACCGGAUGUCUUGACAGGCCGAAAAUAUAUGGUCAUCCGUGCUAUCCCGGACACACCCAAUGAAACGGGUAGAGAGGCACAGUUGCGGAUUGCUAGGGAUUUCUACGAGACUGUAGAAGACGUUGAACCGAAGUAGCAGAAUCCUUCAAAGUACACAAAUGCGAGAUUAGGAUAUAAGAAUGAUUCAAGGCAGUUCUACGAAAGUCUAUGUCA